AGCCUUCAAUCCUCGAACACCCACCUUCCAUCUCUAUUUCUCCAAACCACAACAACCUUCAUCCGCCAUAUCCACGCCUCUUCAUUUUAUAUAUUUCACUUAAUCGAUUUCGAUUCCGUUGUUGAACAUUUUCUAGUUUCGAAACAACUUAUUUCGGGAAAGGUUAUUGCUGUUGGACCUGGAUCGAGAGACAGAUCGGGAAAUUUGAUUUCGGUGUCUGUUAAGGAAGAUGACCAUGUUCUCUUGCCGGAGUACGGUGGUUCUCAAAUUAAGCUUGAUGACAAAGAGUUCCAUUUGUUUAGGGAUGAGGACAUUCUGGGUAUUUUGCAUGAUUGAUUGAGUUUAGAUUUUGUGUGAUUUAAGAAAUGUUAGCUUUGAUUGGGUUUAAACUUUUAAAUAACUUAAAUCUGAUUUUCAGUGUAAUUUGGUUUAAACAUUUGAGAGGGAUUAUCUCUUCUAUAUCCUGAAAACAGAAAUGAUGAUAGUGAUUUUUAUGCUGAGGUUUGAUUUAAUUGUGAUUGUGAUUCUUUGGCUGUAUUUGAUGCUAACUAUGCUGGUUUUUCAUGUUAGGAAUAGUUCUUAUGCCUGCAUACAGGUGUUAUCUAUUUUCAUUAAGCUAAUUCUUUACUACCUGCCGCCGUCGGAGAGGUUUGUGCUCCGCCUCGAACUC